AUGACAAAUCUGCUGCUUCAGGACCCGUUUGCUGUGCUUAAGGAGUAUCCGGAUAAACUUGCUCACAUACUGGAAAAUCCGUUGCGGACGGAAUGCCUCCAAUUCAGUCCAAGAGGUGACUACUUAGCGCUUGGUUGCGCUAACGGCGGAGUCGUCAUCUACGAUGUUGAUACCCAUCGGCCAGUUCAAUUCCUGGGAAGCAAGCUAGGCGCUCAUAUAAGGUCUGUGCAGUCUGUUUCGUGGUCCCUGUGCGGCAGAUAUAUUUUAUCGGCCGGGCAAGAUUGGUCUGUCAAGUUGUGGGAUCUGGGAGCUCCCGAACAGCCACUGAAGCAGAUCGCGCUGCAGUCAUCUGUGUGGAAUUGUCAAUGGAUUGAUUCAGAUGUAUUUACCUGCAUUGCCACGGCGGUUGAGGAAGACAGAGCGUUUAUUAUUGAUUUCAGAGAUAUCCCGAAAGUCAGACCAUUGGGCGUCUCCGAUGGAUCUGGUUCAGCGACAAGCCAGGGCUACGUUUUGACCUCCGUCGUUCACAGCAAAUCUAGAGAGGUUGUCGUGACGGGUACAUCGAAAGGCUGGAUAAACUUCUAUCGCCUUUGUGGUAGCGAAGAGUUUGAGCUGAUCAAAAGUCUGAGGAUCGCAAACUCGAAUAUUAAGCACUUAAUCGUUUCACAAAAUGGGGAAAAGUUGGCAAUAAACUCCUCCGAUAGAAUUAUUCGACAAUAUUCUUUAAAUAUCAGCGAGGACACAUCGGCGGUCGAGGUAGAAUUGGAGCACAAGUAUCAGGACGUUAUAAACAAAUUGCAAUGGAAUAGCAUUUUUUUCGGCAGCAAGUCUGCAGAUUAUCUGGUAGCGUCGACCCACGGAUCGUCCGCGCAUGAAUUGUAUCUUUGGGAGACCCACUCAGGAACCCUGGUACGGGUUUUCGAGGGAGCAGAAGAGGAAUUGAUGGACAUAGAUUGGAACUUUUACAAUAUGAGCAUUGUCAGCAAUGGUCUGGAAUCUGGCGAUGUGUAUGCGUGGUCUAUCGUGCCUGCACCUAAAUGGAGUGCUUUGGCUCCGGACUUCGAAGAAGUGGAGGAAAACAUCGAUUACCAAGAAAAGGAAGAUGAAUUUGAUCAAGUGCACGAACAGGAGCAACAGCAGGAGAUUGAUCUGGUAGAGGAAGUGGAUAUCGAUCUUCGGGCUCGAGAAAGGUACGAUGUCCGAGGUAAUGAUCUACUCAUACCGCGAUUCACAAUUCCAACUGACUACGAAAGGAUACUUAUAAUGAAACAGGCAAUGGCCCAAGAUGUGGCCGAAGAAUCCGCAUAG